AUAAUGCGUUGCCUGGGCCAGAGCAGGCGAGGUGGCUUGAGCCGGGCAGGCCAGGAGAAACGAACGUAUUAACAAGCCACGUACAUGAGGAAGUACAGCCAGGAGGCCCCAAGAAUCAUCUUUUCUGGCUGCUCCCUGGUGUCGGCGUGCAGGAGAGCCCAGGGUGUGGGCUGGGGCCACAGACUCAGUUCCGCAGGGCCUGCAGAUGACAGUGACUAUGGAGCCAUGCCCCGAAGAGCAAUACUGGGAUUCUCUGCUGAACACCUGCCUCUCCUGCAAAUUCAUCUGCAGCCAUCAGAUUCCACGAACCUGUGCAACCUUCUGCAAGUCGCUCAGUUGCCGCAAGGAGCAAGGCAGGUACUAUGACCAGCUCCUGAGGGACUGCAUCAGCUGCGCCUCCAUCUGUGGACGUCACCCCAAGCAAUGCACAUACUUCUGUGAGAACAAGUUCAGGAGCCAAGUGAAUCUCCAACCAGAGCUUAGAAGACAACAGACAGAAACCAGGUCAGACAUCUUGGGAAGGUACCAAGGAUCAGAGCACAGAGGCUCGGAGACAGGUCCAGCCCUUCCGGGGCUGAAGCUGAGCGCUGAUCAGCUGGCCCUGGUCUACAGUACGUUGGGGCUCUGCCUUGGCGCUAUCAUCUGCUGCUUUCUCCUGGCCAUGGCCUGCUUCCUCAAGAGGAGGGGGGACCAGUUCUCCUGCCAGCGUCCCCCAGGGCCAUGUCAGACCCGGGCCAAGUCCUCCAAGGAUCACUGGAUGGAAGCUGGGAGCACGGUGGAUGGGCCACCAGAGCCAGUGGAGACCUGCAGCUUCUGCUUCCCCGAGUGCAGGGUGCCCGCCCAGGAGAGUGCAGGCGCUCCAGGGACUCCCAGCCCUGCGUGUGCUGCGUGGUGCGGAAGCCCCGACCCCACAGUAGCUGGACAGCUCUGCGUGGGCCGCCCGGACAGCAGCCUCCAGGUCGUGUGCGCAUCUGCCCAGGAUGGGGGCCCAGCCAUGUGAAACGGGGUGGGGAGGCAAUGGUGAGAGAGAUUGGGGAGAGCAAGAGAAAGGGGGAGAGAAAGGUGCCAGGGUAGCAGGCUAGCACUGCCCUUUACCUAGGUCUAGGUCGUCAUCUAAACAUCUAAAAUAAAGUCACCUGUGCUUGGGGGACUCAGUCCCCAAGAGUCCGUCUAUAGAAAUAAAACCUUCCAUGGUUACCCACUCCCUUCUGUCACCGGUUCUGGUCAUGUCUUCCCCUGUGAUGAUUCUGGAUCUUCUCACGCUGCAGCCCUUGGCUGAGGGAUCCCAAUACAACGUGGCCGCAGCCACAGCCCUCUGGUUUCCCAGGACCUACAUGUUGGCUGUCCAGCAGGCUGGGGAGAGAGCUUGUUGACCUGUGGUGUCAGAUGCAGUGGGUACACACUGGGACUCUGCUAAAAGGAAAAGCAAAGGAAUGGCCCACAAGAGUGUAUGCCUGUGGCCAACACCAGGAGAGCUAGAGCUGGGCUUCCUUACAUUUCGUCUACAAAAUAAUUCCUCACCAUGCCUCCUCAGGGAGGGCACGAAUCACAGAGUGCAUGCGUGUGUGCAUGUGUAGCAGGGUGUGGAGUGGA